CUCGGACCUGAUCGAAGUGCACGUGAAUUUCGCGGUGACAUCGGAUCUCACGACUGUGAGCUACCCUCUCAAUCAUGGCGGAGAAGAUGUAUUACUGGGGCGAGCAGAAGAACCAGGUGGAUCCGGAUCAAACUUUCAUAGAAUUCAAAGCCAAGUCCGUCGGUUCGAGUAGAAGAAGAGAUUCGUCUCACGCGGUUCCAAAGACGACGACUUCGACGGCGCAGGACAGGGUGACGGAAAUGGAGAACCGUGAAGAGGACACGGAACGAGGAGGCUGGGAUAAUAAACUGGACUUCCUGUUUUCUUGCAUCAGCGUUUCCGUGGGCCUUGGAAAUGUUUGGAGAUUCCCGUAUUUGUGUUACAAGAACGGCGGAGGUGCCUUCCUGAUCACAUAUGGAAUCGCCAUGCUAUUCUGCGGGAUCCCGAUAUUCUUCCAAGAAGUGGCCAUUGGCCAGUACCUUGGUGCCGGAGGGAUGACCCUGGUGGGUCAAUUAUGUCCUCUCUUGCAAGGAGUUGGAUAUGCCACUAUGACGAUCGUAUUCUUCCUAGACGUGUAUUACUGCAUCAUCAUAGCCUGGACGCUCUUAUACUUGAUAAGUAGCUUCGUCAAGAUACCGAGCGUACCUUGGAAGAGUUGUGGCAAUGUGUGGAACGAUAAUAAUUGCUACGAUGGCUACGAACAGACCCAGCCAUCGAACCACGCUAUCGCCAUAAAUACCACCAACUCGACCCUCCAUAACAUCACGUUUCACCAUGCAACCCCGGUUGAGCAGUACUGGGAACGACGAGUUCUUGGGAUGACCUCCGGCAUCGAAAACAUCGGUGGCAUGCAAUGGGAGUUGUUCGGUUGCCUGGUGAUCGGCUGGCUGCUCGUUUACUUUAUCAUCCGACGUGGUCUGCAUCAGAGCGGUAAGAUCGUCUGGUUUUCAGCCUUGUUCCCCUACGUGGUGCUUUUCAUUCUUUUGGGAGAGCAAAGAGCGGUGACAUUGGACGGCAGCUACCAGGGCAUGCUGUACUACGUCACGCCGAGGUGGGCCGAAUUGCGAUCGCCUGGCCCGUGGAUCGACGGCGCCACACAAAUUUUCUUCGCCUACAGUAUCGGCACCGGGGCCCUGCCUGCUCUCGGAUCGUACAACAAGUUCCAUCAUAAUUGCUACAAAGACGCUCUGAUCACGUGCAUAGUGAACACGCUGACCUGUUUACUGGCCGGUUGCGUCACUUUCUCUAUCCUGGGCCAUAUCGCUUUGGAACAAGGUACAGAAGUAUCCGCAGUGGUGAAGAGUGGACCGGGUCUGGUGUUUCUCACUUACCCGGAAGUGGUCCUCAAGUUACCCGGCGCAUCCAUGUGGGCCGCGAUCUUCUUCAUCAUGCUACUCAUACUCGGGAUCGACAGCGAAUUCUGUAUCGUGGAAUCUUUCAUCACGGGUGUCGUGGAUAAUUGGCCGGAUCAGCUUCGUCCACACAGAAAGAAAUUUACCGUCGCAAUCUGCUUUCUCAUGUUCCUCUUGGGUAUUCCCAUGGUGACCAACGGUGGAGUUUAUAUAUUCCAAUUAAUGGAUUUCUACUCGGCGAGUGGUAUGUCGAUUCUGUGGGUUUGCUUCUUCCAAACGAUCGCGAUAUCGUGGAUAUUCGGAGCGAAGAAAUUCUGCGACUGCAUUCAUCAGAUGAUGGGCGUACGAUUGAGCAAGUUUUGGUACAUUUGCUGGGUGGUGUUCGCGCCUGUGAUCAUGGCUUUCAUCUUCGUGUUCCAAUGUGUCCAGUACACGCCAUUGAAAUACGGGAGCAAUUACGAGUAUCCGGCAUGGGCGGAGGUCGUGGGUGUCUGCCUCAGUUUGUCAUCCAUGAUCUGGAUUCCUGGUUAUGCUCUCUAUUACGUCAUCGUCACUCCAGGAUCCAUCAAAGAGAAUAUCCUGAAGGGCUUGAAACCGAACAUAAAGUCGCAUCCGAAAUUACCAAAGGGAGAGAAAUUGGCAGUAAUACCGAUGUCGGAGAGCAGCGCCGGAUUGAUCACCAAGAACAACAGUUUCCUCAAUCAAACAUGAUCACCGUAAACGGCUUUCCUUUCCGCUGUCGUAAAUUGUAAUUAUCCUAAGUGUAGUAUUUUUAACGGGAUUUAAUAAUCGGAGUCGGACAAGCAGUGGUGCUCGAUGUUCUCAUUGUUCAGCUUGAGAAGUUGUCGAAAGAAACUGUCCGUCAUUGUUGUUUCCUUUAGCCCAACCGUGAAAGUGAAAAGAGACGAGUGUCGUGGAGAAGUACUGCAAUUCACGAUUGCGAAACGUUUAACACGUUAAACGCCACGCCGGUUUUACGUGCCGUUUCGUUCACGCCACAAUUAGCCGUCAUGUGGGCCCUUCCGAGCCUGAACGGGUAGCACC